GGCACCUCAAGGCCAACUCUGCGGUGGUGAGCUGGGACGUCCUGGAGGAUGAGGUUGUCAUCGGAUUUGCCAUCUCUCAGCAGAAGAAGGACGUGAGGAUGCUGCGUUUCAUCCAGGAGGUGAACACCACCACCCGCUCGUGCGCCCUCUGGGACCUGGAGGAGGACACCGAGUACAUUGUGCACGUGCAGGCCAUCUCCAUUCAGGGCCAGAGUCCGGCCAGCGAGCCUGUGCUCUUCAAGACUCCACGCGAGGCGGAGAAGAUGGCGGCCAAGAACAAAGAUGAGGUGACCAUGAAGGAGAUGGGGAGGAGCCAACAGCUGCGAACCGGCGAGGUGCUGAUCAUUGUGGUGGUCCUGUUCAUGUGGGCCGGCGUCAUCGCCCUCUUCUGCCGCCAGUAUGACAUUAUCAAGGACAAUGAACCCAAUAACAACAAGGAGAAAACCAAGAGUGCGUCAGAAACCAGCACACCAGAGCACCAAGGCGGAGGUCUUCUCCGCAGCAAGAUAUGAAAGCCUUUUCAGUGCUCACUCUGAGCAGCUCAGAAGAGACGGUGGAGAAGUGAGAGAUGUCCUGGUUCUGACGGUGAUUGUCCAGCAAACAAACAGCCGGCCCUCUCCACAUCUCCUCCCUCCAUCUCCUCACACCCUCUGGGCUUACUGUCCCCUCUCGGCUUUUCUCUCACGCCUUUUCCUGAAGCCUCUUAUUAACCCCAUCUCCAGAAGCACCUCAGCAAUGUCAGUGGCUGAGGCUGGGCUCAGAGGCAGGUCUGCAGGAAUGCACGAGAACUGGCCGGCGGGAUGGCCCUGCCGGGGGUGGACAGGGGACCAGGGGCCGAGGGCCCAGCCCCCAGUCUUGGCCACUAAGGGAGUGAGGCCGAAGGCUGGGUUGAAGGCAGAGAGACGAGGCACUGGGGCAGGGCCACUCCUUUCCUUCCGUGCGGGACAAGAGCCUGGCUUCUGGCUGCAGCCCUUCCUUCUCGUGUCCUCUCCCUAGUUCCAACCUUGCAAGAAGUCUGUUCAAUUAGCCCUGGCUGCUUCUCUCAUUUUUCUCCUCCCAGUUUCCAAACAAGCCCUCGGUGAACAUCAUCGAAGCGUGACUGCCUGUCUGAAGGGAGGAUUUCAUUUUUCUUCUCUGCCGGUCCCUGGGUCCGUGGGCACCGGGACAGGGAGGACGGCGGAGGGAGGGGGAGGCACGCCCUUCCCUGUCCUAGUCUGGUGAAGGAAGCCCGACUACGAACCCAAAUUCUGCAAAAAAUAAGCCACAAAACUAAAAGGCCUGGCCCCAUUCUGGAAAAGGCAAAGCUGCAUGAGACACAGCCUCCUUUCUGCCUCCUUGCCUCUCCUGGACUGGCUUCCUCUUUGAGACAAUGCACAGAGCCCCUGGGAGAUGACAAGCACCUAGACUGACUCCAGCUGUGUCUUUCAGCCCGAGAGCCUUCAGGAAAGCCGGGGGGAGGGGUGUGGCUGCCUUUCCAGGAUCCAGCCCUCAAGGACUUGCGGUGCGGUGCACAACUUUGCGAGUUACGUGUAAGAUGUUCCGUUUUGUUUCUUUGGAAAACGUGACCGAAGGGCUUCACUCCAGAGGGCAGAGGAAUGCCCCGAGCUCGCUGCCCGAAGCCUCUGUCUUUGGCUCUUAUUUUGACUAUUAACAUAAUUGGUCUGCAGUCUUAAGAAGACGAGGUAGGAAAGAGACUUGGACGGUACUGGCCCCAUUUCUUUAGGAAGAGUCUCUUGGGAAUUGUAACGACGCCGGCUUACACGACUGUAAAGGUAUGUCCACAUGGGACAUCCUGGGGGCUGCUGCAUCACCCACUCUGGAGUCGAAGCUGCUAGAAGGCAGGCCUGAGCCAUUUUACCAUGGACAGAGCAGCCCUGGCCUCUGGGGUCUCCAUAUCUUGCCAUCUCAUCCAGGGUUCUGUGAAAGCUACCCAGGGUCCUCAUGUCCUUGACUAGAGCCUGAGUGGUGUGAGGUGACAGGUCUCUCUCUCUCUCCACUGCCCCUUUCUGGCAAACAAAACAAAACAAAACAAAACAAAAAUGGUGCUUGAUAAGGGCAGGCAGACUCUUCCCCAGGACUGCAAGUUACGGCUGCUGAACGCCCACGUGGGAAGAGAGGGGCCUCUGCGUCUUCCAUCGGCGGCUCAGGACGGGCACGGGGGAGGACCGCACCUAGCACAAGCCUGGCACACAGUAGGCGCUCAGUGAAUACCUGUUGAACUGACUGGUCAGAGCGGUGGCCCCCAAGCCGGAGAGCUGAAAGCCAUCACCCACUGACCGGCCCUGCCGUCCGGUCUACACGAGCUCUCGUGGCCAGGCCGGCCAGCGCUCUGCUCCGCCCUGGCGUGGCUGCACGGCGAGGGGGCGAGACCGGGUAAAAGGCGGAUGUCAGCACUACUAAGGGCUUCCUCAUGGGAGGGCAUGAGGCUCCACUCAUUGUCUUGUGACUUCCAUCCCUGCUGAACGGGGCUGCAAGGCCAAGGCUGCUUAGGGGAGAGGUCCUUACCUCUGAUCCAGUUAGAGCAAUAACCUCUUUUUAAAUGUAAAAUAAACGACAAAUGAAAAGGCA